AAACCCCCAGCUACAGACAGUUACACGUGCAUCGUCUCUUCCAGUACGUGUGUUGGGAAAAGACCAGCAGGAGUCACCGCUACACCAGUAACACUGAACCUCUAUCAAGUAGAGAAACAAAAUGCCGGAAGUGGGCUUUCGGGAUACGGAGUUUCGGGAUUCGUAACAGUGGAAGUUUACACUAUUAAGUAAACUAGUGUUUCUGAGGCUUUAAACGACCGGUGAUCGUCAGGUCGUGUUUCAUUCAUUUGCUCUUUCACAAUGGGACUCCCGGCACUGGAGUUUAGCGACUCUUUUCUGGACAGUCCUGACUUCAGAGAGCGUCUCAAAUGCCACGAGAUUGAGCUGGACCGUACUAAUAAAUUCAUAAAGGAGCUGAUCAAAGAUGGCAACAUGCUCAUCAAUGCGCUUAAAAAUCUUUCUGCAGCUGUGCAGAAGUUUUCCCAGUCUCUUCAAGAUUUCCAGUUUGAGUGUAUUGGAGAUGCCGAAACCGAUGAUGAGAUUAACAUUGCCCAGUCAUUCAAGGAAUUUUCUCAGCUCCUGAACACAGUGGAGGAAGAAAGACGACGACUUAUACAGAACGCAGAUGAUGUCCUGAUUACCCCUUUGGAGAAGUUUCGCAAAGAGCAGAUCGGAGCAGCCAAAGAAGGAAAGAAGAAAUUUGACAAGGAGACGGAGAAGUAUUACACAGUUUUGGAGAAGCACUUAAGUCUGUCUUCCCGAAAGAAAGAGCCUCUUUUGCAGGAGGCAGACACCCAGAUAAAUAAGGAAAGACAGGUCUUCUAUGACGCCUCUCUGGAAUAUGUUUUCAAAAUCCAAGAAGUGCAAGAGAGGAAAAAAUUUGAAUUUGUCGAGCCGCUUCUUGCAUUCCUUCAGGGAUUGUUCACCUUCUACCACGAAGGGUAUGAACUGGCACACGAAUUUGAGCCGUACAAACAACAAUUACAGUUCAACCUUCAAAAUACAAGGAAUAACUUUGAAAGCACAAGACAGGAAGUGGAGAACCUUAUGAAAAGGAUAAGAUCUGCAGAGCAGGACUUUAAAGCCCCUGGACAAUGGACCAUGGAGGGCUUCCUCUAUGUGCAAGAGAAGAGACCCCUUGGGUGCACAUGGAGCCGACAUUACUGCACAUAUGAAAAAGGAACCAAAAUGUUUACUAUGAGCAACUUAGAAUUCAAAUCUGCAGGCAAACAGAAUGGACUGAUCUUGAGCCCACCUGAGAUGUUUAAACUAAAGUCCUGCAUCCGACGGAGGACGGAUUCAAUUGACAAGCGCUUCUGCUUUGAUAUUGAGGUGGUGGAAAGAAGUGACCCAAGUGAAGGGCUUCUCUUCAAUUACCUUCAAUGUUUCUAUAAUACUCAUCGGCAUGGCAUCAUAACCCUUCAGGCUCUCUCUGACUCUAACAGACGACUGUGGAUGGAGGCCAUGGAUGGAAAAGAACCAAUUUACACUCUUCCUGCACUUCUGAGCAAGAAAGAGGAAACAUUCCUAAAUGAAGCAGGCUUUAAUUUUGUACGGAAGUGUAUAGCGCUUGUGGAAACAAGAGGCAUUAACACAAUGGGACUGUACAGAAUAGGUGGAGUUAAUUCUAAAGUCCAACGACUUAUGACUUCAGUGUUUGCUGCCAAAGCUCCCACAGAUAUGGACCUUGACCCAGACACCUGGGAUAACAAGACCAUCACCAGUGGUCUAAAGAAUUACCUCAGAUGCUUGGCAGAACCUCUCAUGACCUACAGAUAUCAUAAAGACUUUAUCAUGGCAGUCAAGUCUGAUGAUCAGAAUUACAGGGUCUGUGCUGUCCAUGCACUCGUCCACAAACUGCCGGACAAGAAUAAAGAAAUGCUGGAUAUUCUCAUCAAGCAUCUGCAUGUGGUUUCCACACACAGCCAGAAGAAUCUGAUGACCGUGUCUAACCUUGGUGUGAUAUUUGGCCCCACACUCAUGCGGUCACAGGAAGAGACAGUGGCUGCUAUGAUGAACAUCAAAUUUCAGAAUAUUGUAAUGGAGAUUCUCAUAGAAAACUACGACAAGAUAUUUCAUCAAGCUCCAGACCCCAACGUUCCUCUACCACAGCCGUCGUCUCACUCUCAUGCUCAGACUCGCACAAGCAACCGGCGCAGCAAAGCCAUCUGCCUGUCCACAGGGUCCCGCAAGUCCAGAGGCCUGUAUCCCACCACCCUGUGCCUGGCUGAUGCUGAUAGUGAUACGUUCAGCAGCAGUCCCAGCAGCACCCCUAUGGGCAGUAUGGAGUCUCUUUCAUCACAUUCCUCAGAGCAGAACAGCUACUCAAAGACGGGCUCUCCCUCACGCACCAAACACAAGAAGUCAGGGACUCUGUGCUGGACCACUCCCUCCCCUUCCUCCAAUGGGCCAAAAAGCUCCGCUUGCACCAACAGUCCUGACUCCAGCUCCAAAGAGGACGCAACCAAAACGGAUGGCGAAUGGGAGGAGGCGCUGAGUACGAGCCCCGGUGAUCGAGGUUCUCCAACAUCAGACCUCCUUCAGAGGCCUCUAGGAGACCAACAGGAGGAGCAUGCAGAAGAACGACACAGUCUAUCCACCUCUUCUUCUCUCACAUCGCUCCAUAUCUCUGAGGGUUUCAGGAGCUGUCACGGUUCCAUUCAAAGUCUUGUGUCACAUGGCCAUAGAGACCAUGAGAGUCUCAAGUCUCUCCAUCUGCCGGAUCUUCCUGCUAAGGAGAGCAUCAGAUACAGAGCUGACUCUUCUGCCAGCAAUGGCUACCAGAGACCUGGAUCUGUUGUGGCCUGUAGAGCAGCCAUCUUUGAAAGUCCUGCUAUUUCUCAUCCGACAACUUUGGGAAGAGAUGCAAAGGCAUUGUAUUCCUGCAAAGCAGAGCACAGUCAUGAGCUGAGCUUUCCACAGGGGGCGCUGUUCUCCAAUGUGUAUCCAUCAGUGGAACCUGGGUGGCUUCAAGCGACCUAUGAAGGCAAAACUGGACUCAUACCAGAAAAUUAUGUGGUGUUCCUCUGAUCUUUCUGACAAAGGCUGAAGCAAAGUCCAUGGUAUCCAUGGUGUUUCAUUUUUACAAAAAAGGACGGAUGUCUAUGCUUUACUGUAUGUAAAUAGAUUCAUUGCAUAGCAUUUUAACCAAACCAAAAAUCACUCCAUAUGGUAAUGCUUUUAGAUAGUAGAAAUGUAUUAUUAUGUAUUAAUAUUAUUUGUUACCUUCCAGGUACAAGCAUUUGACUGUAUUAACAUACAUUCCUCCAUUUAUAAAUUCCCCUAUAAUGCAAUAAUUUUAAAACUGUAGAUAAUGAGAUAAAAUUGCUCAUAAUACUCAGUACAAUUCAGAUAAAAAACUAAAGAUGUGUGUAAUAUAGAUAAUACACAUGUCUACCCCAUGGAUACAAAGUGUUUAUUUUAAGUAAUUUUUAGUCAUACAUCCAAAAUUUGUAACUCUAACUUCUCUCAAAAUCUUAAAGAUACAUGCAAUUGUGUCCAUUAAGAACAUGAAUGUGAAUGAAAGGUCAAUCCUGUCAGCACUCUUUGAAGGAUUUUUGGUAGUGCCCAAUUUUUGGUAAUAUUUUUGAAUGUGAUAUCAAGAGAUUAAUCAUAUCUUUCAUUUCAGUUUUAGUGCUGUGUUAUUUUUGAGUAGCGAAGUACUACUGCAACAAUAUUAAUAUUAAGUGUUACUCAUCUUUAGGUGAAAUAAUUUCUUAAAACCAAUUGAUGCUCAUUAUAACUGUGCAAUUUCAAAACUUUACAUAGAAACAUGGUACCUCAUAGAUUUUUAAGUAAUUUUUAAAUAAUACAUUUUGAAUGACUUUAGGAGCCAAUCAAGGUUUCCUUGACUUCAAACCUAUUUAAUUAUACUAAUAUACUUUGUCAAUUUUGUUGCCUAUUCUAUGUAACAAAAAGUGUGCUUUAGGCAGUUUAGUCCAUACUGAAUGUAUUUGUUAAGUGUUAUAUAGUGUUUUCUUUUAUGAAGUACGUUUAAAAAAAUAAGAAAAUACUUCUGACAGUAUUAAAUUGUGUCCUGAAUGCAUGUCAUUUGUUAAAUUGUGCUAGCAAAAAUGCAGUUGUUCAAGUAAUGGUCCUACUGUAUUUUACUUUACACUGGUUUAGCAUUUCUGUAUGUUGUAAUGAUGUAAAACCAUUUGCAUACAGAUGAUUAUAACAGCUAAUAACAUCAUUCACAGU